UGAAAUCUUUGAUACCGUGAAUUCUUUUACUUCACAGCUGUGUAAUUAUUUCUUCUCUUAGCGUUACGACAUUAGAUGUGAUUGUUGAUUAUUGAUUCCUAUUAAAGAGCUGGUGUUCUAGACCUUAGACAGUGCCCUCAAUCUGCGCAACUUCUAUAUAUAUAUUUUCGUUUUGGGUAGACCAAUUUUGGCAAUUUUUGUUUAGAAUGGGAGGAAGCAAACAUACAGGAAGCUCUCCCUGCGCUUCUUGCAAGCUUCUGCGCAGACGUUGUGCAAAAGACUGCAUUUUUGCCCCUUAUUUUCCUGCAGACGAGCCGCACAAAUUUGCCUGCGUGCAUAAGGUCUUUGGCGCGAGCAACGUUAGCAAAAUGCUUCAGGAUCUUCCAGUAGAUUUAAGAGCGGAUGCAGUUGGCAGCUUAGUAUACGAGGCAAAUGCUAGAGUCAGAAAUCCUGUGUAUGGCUGUGUAGGUCUCAUCUCAUGUCUGGAGAAACAAAUAAUAGAUUUAAGAAUGCAAUUGGCUAUGACCAAGGCUGAGGUGGGGUACCUAAGGCGCAGUGUAAUUUCAAGUGAAAUGGUUCGUAUUGAUCCUAAUGAGGAUUUUGAUAGGAAGCAAGUCGUGGCCUUGGAUCAUCCCCUCCAUCAAAAUAAUUACCAAAUUGCUUAUCCUUCUGAUCAGUUUCAAGCCCAAGCUCCGUUAUGGACAUAAGAAAGCCUAUGUGGGCUUGCCAAUAAAGAGUAGGAAUAUCAGAUUAUCCUCGAUCUUUAUUGGAUUUGCAGUUUGAAGUUUUGUUGUGAGUUGUAUCUCUGCAUUCUUUGUAACGUUUAAAUUAGAUCUUGUUAAGGUUAGAGUUAUAGAAUUUGUUUCUUUUCUUUCUAUAGAUAUUAAUAAAACAGGAAUAAGGUAAAUUAUAUGCAUGUUCGCAUCUAAUGUUGAGUUGUAUUAGAGAAAGAAAGUGUUGUUAAAAAAAGGCUGAUGAUAUUCUGAAGGAUAUCAAUGUGCUUUUUCAUCCUUCAAAUCAGGAACAUAUUACCCUGAAGAAACAUGAAUUCUUGUUUCAUUCAAAGCAGGGAAGAGGCUCUGUAAAUAGGUGCUUGAGAAAGUUUAUGGAUGCUUCAUUUUUGGA